AUGACCAAUGCUACACCGACUGCUUUAUCCACAAAGGAAACAACAAACUAUGCCAGGUUGUGCCGUCUGCUGGUUGAUAUUGGAACCCAGGCUCUUCGAGACACGUUAGAUACCAUCCAUUCUCCAGCAAAUCUACCCUCAGUUUUGGCGGCAAACAGACCCACCUUACAAUCUCUUAGAAAGAAGAAGAUUAUCAAUCAAAUACAGUGGGGGAAGCUUUUCCCUGCCAUCCCCAACUCAGUGUCUUCACGUGACUUUGACACAACUUUGCUGAUGGUUCUGUUACGGAACCUGUGCGGCUUAACUGCUCCGCUGACCGGUUGGGACGCAUUGCCUGCCGUAACAGACCUCAGCAGGGAAGCGGACAUUGCCCGAGUUAAGUAUUUUAGGAACACCGUGUACGGUCACGCUGAGAAAGCUUCUGUUGAUGAUGUCAAAUUCAAUGAAUACUGGCGUGACAUCCAGGACACUCUGGUCAGACUGGGAGGCGUCACUUAUGUAGCUGCUAUUGACGAUCUUAGAAACGAGUGCAUGGACCCUGAAGUUGAAGAUCACUACAUGGAACUACUGGGUGAGUGGAAAAAGGACGAGGACAACAUUAAAGAUCAGCUGAACGAAAUAAAGAUGAGACUUGAUCUCCUGACAGCUUCAAAAGAAGCAACUGAUCUAGGUAAGAUCUGUUCGAUGAUGGUGAUGUAGAUAAAGAUAGUUGGUUUUAAGCCUGGCGAUUUUUAUAUUUGACUAAUGCGUGUACUUCCGGUUUCAAACCAUUAAGGGUAAAACAGUUCAACGACAAAAACAGGAAGUGACAGGCCAGGCAGUCUCUCCAGUAUAAGUAGCCAUUUAAGUACAUCAUAUCCUCAGAAGCAAAUACUCGUUUUCCACUCCAACCUACCUCUGUCAAUUCUUACGCAAUUUCUUAACUUAUUGUUUCAAGGUCAGCAAUACCAGCGGGGUAAACAGAUCUGCUGGUGUGGAGUUACCACUUGCAAAGAGAGCGUUCACGAGAACGGACCAAGUGGCUUCUAUUGCCAUAAGCGUGACGCCUGUUUUUGUCUAAAAUGCGGUCAUACAGCUCAUGAUCAGCUGGGUAGAGUUGUUAUAAGUAACACUGAUCAUUCGCAAUCGUUGGCUAGAGGGAACUGUUUGAUAGAAGUGGAACAGGGCGCUGAAGCUAACUUCACAAUAAUAACGCGAGAUUCAGGAGGACAGAAGUGCUAUAACACGCAAGAACAAGUGACCGUCACUGUUAGCCCUAAAACUGGUGAUGAGGAGGUACAAGUCAUAGAUUGUAAAGAUAGUAAUUAUCGAGUAUGUUACAAACCGAAGAGCGUUGGUCGGCACGACUUUGAAAUCAAGGUAAAUGGAUGGCCGCUGACCGGUAGUCCUUGGAAAGUUGAGGUGAAGCCCCAUCAGUACAAAGUAGUGAGGUCGUAUGGGUCAGGAGAAUUAAACGGACCAUACUGUAUCGCAAAGAAUGAAAUAACUGGAGACAUUGCAGUUGCAGAUUAUGUUAACAAACGAGUCCUGGUCUAUGAUAAGGACAUGAAACGUGUGAAGACGAUAGGAGGCGAGGCAGAUUCGCAAGCCAACAUAGGUUUUCCUGUCUCAGUGGCAUUCUCAAAGAGCAAUGACAUCAUGGUUACUCAUGAGCAGUUCAAAUCACAUAAUAAGAAGCUUUCAGUUCUAACUGAUCGUGGCCUCUUCGUCGAACAUUUUUCUGAACAUCUGAUUCAAGCACAUCAUGUUUUUGUCAAAACUGACGAUGGCCACGUGAUCGUUUGCGAUAAAGGUGACAAAAAGGUGAAAGUCAUCUCCCCAGACGGGAAAGAAUUGCUGCUGGCCUUCUCUGCGCCGGAUAGCGAAAUUUCCCCAAGCUUUCCAUGUUAUUAUCGAGGCAUGUUCUAUGUUUCCUAUAUGAGAGCACAUUGUGUGAAGGUCUUUGAUAAGAAAGGAGUGUUCAUAAGCAAUAUUGGCCGCAAGGGUUGUGGUGAAGGACAGUUGAGAUAUCCCGAGGGACUUUGUGUAGAUUCCUUUGGUAACCUAAUCGUGUGUGACGCUAGUGGUAUUGAUGAAAAUCUCCGCGACGGCGUCCUGAAAAUGUUUACCUUGGAUGGAACAUUUCUCACUUCAUUUGGCGAGAACACGAUCAAAGUUCCUUGGAUCGUGUCUGGCUGUAAUAAUGGCGAUCUGCUCGUUGCUGAUCUUGUCGGGGAUAACGUUCAUAUUUUACGAUAA